UUCUCUCUCUUCAUCUCUGUCACGCCCCCCUCUUUCUCUCUCUCUCUAAAAAUUCUCUUCUUCCUUUUUUUUUCUCUUCUUACACAGAACAAAUCGAAAUUUGCCGAAUUCGAUUUUAAAAAAAGAAACAAUCUCUUCACAACAUUUCUCCAUGUUUUAUCAUUCAAAUCAUAAGAAAGGACGCAUUUUUAUAAAAUAAAAAAUUGGGUUUUUUGUUUUUCUGGAUAUAGAGCGAGAGAAGUUAGGAACAGAUCUCUCUCUCUCUCUCUCUCUUUCACUUUCUCUUUUCUCUUUCUGCUCAUUCGUGCCAAACGUCUCUCUUCUUCCAUAAGGAAAAAACAUAAAUUUUGUAGCUUUCCUUGUUUGAUACGACUGGUAUGCGAUUUUCAGUUCUGGGUCAGACAAGACGGAGGACUUCUCUUUGUCUUUGAGCAUCGGAAUUGGGGUCACGUUUAGGGUUUGCGAGCGAUUUUGGAAUUCGGAGUGGUUUUUUAGUUGAUUGGAACACUAGUUUUGUAUGCUACUCUGAUUGGGUUUUGAUUUUUUUGUUCGUCUUCUUCUUCUCAGAAGAGAUAUGAUUAUCAAACGGAAAUUUAAAACCCAGAUACCGAGUUUGAAACGCUGCAAACUCGGUAACUCUGCGACUGAGUCCAGGAAGAAGAGAAAGACCAACUCCGGAGCUUACUACUACCCUCUCAAUCUUCUCGGAGAAAUCGCCGCCGGGAUUGUUCCAGCAAGUGGACGGAAUGGGUUCUCUGCUUCGUGCUGCACUGGUGUUUCCACGAAACCUGUUGAGGUAGAAGAGUCAAUGCCCAAGAGAAUAUCAGAUUCCGGCGCUGUGCGGGAUCCUCCUCCCUCGGCGGAAGUCUCUCGCCCACCGCUUGUUCGGACAUCUAGGGGAAGGAUUCAGGUGCUUCCUUCUCGAUUCAAUGAUUCGGUGCUCGAGAAUUGGAGGAAAGAUAGCAAAAGUGAUUGUGAUUUGGAGGAAGAGGUUGAAUGCAGAAUUGAGAAAGUUAGUCAUCAGGGUUCUAAAGUUGGUAAUUUGAAAAACAAGCAACUUGACAAGAGCCGUAAGUAUAGUGCAUUGUAUAGAGAAACAACGUUUCACGAGCUACGUGGUGAGGCUCGUACUAGUCGUGUUGACAGACCCAGGGAAGAUGAGAAGAUUAUGAAGAAAGAAGGUUCUUAUGGGCCAGAGAACUUCUAUUCAGGAGACUUGGUUUGGGCUAAAUCUGGGAAAAAGGAACCGUUUUGGCCGGCUAUUGUUAUCGAUCCAAUGACUCAGGCACCCGAGCUUGUUUUGCGUUCUUGUAUACCCGAUGCAGCCUGUGUUGUCUUCUUUGGUCACUCUGGGAACGAGAAUGAAAGGGACUAUGCAUGGGUGAGGAGAGGGUUGAUCUUCCCUUUUGUGGAUUAUGUUGCCAGGUUCCAAGAACAGUCUGAACUGCAAGGGUGCAACCCAGGAGAUUUUCAGAUGGCACUGGAGGAAGCAUUUUUGGCAGAUCAGGGAUUCACGGAGAAAUUGAUGCAUGACAUUCACUUGGCUGCUGGUAACCCGACUUUUGACGAUUCUUUCUACAGAUGGAUUCAAGAAACUGCGGUCUCAAAUCAGGAUCUCGAUAACAAUACUCCAAGCCAGAGGCUGUUAAAAAAAUACGGAAAUCCCCUGGAAUGUGUAGGAUGUGGAACGAUCAUUUCUUUUGAGAUGGCAAAAAAAAUGAAAGCUCUGGUUCCUGGAGAUCAGUUGUUGUGUAAACCAUGUUCAAGGUUGACAAAAUCAAAACACAUUUGUGGUAUAUGCAAGAAGACAAGGAAUCAUUUGGACCGUCAAACCUGGAUGCGCUGUCAUGGUUGUAAAGUUUGGGUACACGCAGAGUGUGACCAUAUAUCAGAUAAGCAUUUAAAGGAUUUGGGGGAAACAGAUUACUACUGUCCUACUUGCAGAGCUAAAUUUAACUUUGAGCUAUCAGAUUCGGAAAAACAAAACUCAAAGUCAAAACUUAGCAAAGGCGAUGAUCAGAUGGUUCUUCCUGACAAGGUUACUGUUGUAUGCGCUGGAGUAGAAGGAAUUUACUUCCCGAGGCUUCAUUUAGUCGUAUGUAAGUGUGGCUCCUGUGGACCUAAAAGGAAAGCACUUAGCGAAUGGGAAAGGCAUACCGGAUCAAAAGCAAAAAAUUGGAAGACCAGUGUGAAAGUCAAAAGCUCGAAGUUGGCACUAGAAGAAUGGAUGAUGAAAUUAGCAGAGUUACAUGCUAAUGCUACAGCAGCUAAAGUUCCUAAACGACCGUCCAUAAAGCAGAGAAAACAGAGAUUACUUUCUUUUUUAUCAGAGACAUAUGAGCCGGUCAAUGCAAAGUGGACAACAGAACGAUGUGCAGUUUGCAGAUGGGUUGAAGAUUGGGACUACAACAAGAUUAUUAUCUGCAACAGAUGCCAAAUAGCAGUGCAUCAGGAAUGCUAUGGCGCUAGACAUGUUCGUGAUUUCACCUCAUGGGUCUGUAAAGCAUGCGAGAAACCAGAUAUUAAGCGGGAGUGCUGCCUCUGCCCUGUAAAAGGAGGCGCACUGAAGCCAACUGAUGUGGAAACGUUGUGGGUUCAUGUGACAUGUGCUUGGUUUCAGCCUGAAGUAUGUUUUGCGAGUGAAGAAAAAAUGGAACCAGCUGUUGGGAUAUUGAGUAUUCCAUCAAGUAAUUUUGUGAAGAUAUGUGUAAUAUGCAAACAAAUACAUGGCUCGUGUACUCAGUGUUGCAAGUGUUCCACCUAUUAUCACGCCAUGUGUGCCUCUCGAGCUGGUUAUAGAAUGGAGUUGCACUGCUUGGAGAAAAAUGGUCGACAGAUGACAAAGAUGGUGUCCUAUUGUGCUUAUCACAGGGCUCCAAACCCAGAUAAUGUGCUAAUGAUACAAACCCCUUCAGGGGUCUUCUCUGCAAAAAGCCUUGUCCAAAACAAGAAGAGAGGGGGUUCCCGUCUUAUUUCAUCGGUCAGAGAAGACGAUGAAGAGUCACCCACAGAGGAUACAGUUACAUGUGAUCCAUUUUCUGCUGCUCGCUGUCGAGUAUUCAAAAGAAAGAUCAAUAGCAAGAAGAGGAGUGAAGAAGAAGCACUCCCUCACCACACAAAGGGACCACACCAUCAUCCAUCAGCAGCAAUACAAACUCUAAAUGCAUUAAGGCAUGUGCCGGAAGAACCCAAAUCGUUUUCUUCUUUCAGGGAACGACUUCACCACUUGCAGAGGACAGAAAUGGAUCGGGUCUGCUUUGGGCGAUCUGGGAUACAUGGAUGGGGUCUUUUCGCAAGAAGAAAUAUCCAAGAAGGAGAAAUGGUUCUUGAAUACAGAGGGGAACAGGUGAGAGGAAGCAUUGCAGACUUGAGAGAAGCACGGUAUCGCAGAGUAGGGAAGGAUUGCUAUCUGUUCAAGAUCAGUGAGGAAGUAGUGGUUGAUGCUACAGAUAAAGGGAAUAUAGCUCGGCUCAUCAACCACUCGUGUACCCCAAAUUGCUAUGCAAGGAUUAUGAGCGUAGGAGAUGAGGAAAGCAGGAUUGUCCUCAUCGCCAAGACCAAUGUAGCUGUGGAAGAGGAGCUAACGUAUGAUUACUUAUUUGAUCCAGACGAGCCAGAGGAAUUCAAGGUGCCAUGCUUAUGUAAAGCCCCCAACUGCAGGAAAUUCAUGAAUUAACUUCAAACGCUACAACACCGAGAAGAAGAAGAAGCCAAGAAGACUCUCUUUUCCCUCUAUAUAUAUAUAUAUAUAUCUUCUUAUAAUUUUAAAAGAGGGAUACAAAUUAGAAAAUGUCCCAAGUUAGUUAUUACUAAAAUUGCCACUGAAUUAAGCUAAAAGAUAUCAUCUAAUGGAAAGUGAGAAGGUUAGUUUAGGAUUUAUCAAAAAUUCAUUUAAAUCACCCGAUCAAACUACAACUAACUAGAUCCGUGCGUAUACAUUCGUAUCUCUUAAUUACUGGAUCUAUAGUUUAUUCGGUUUGAUUUGUAACA